AUGAAUUCUGCACCGGUCACAGCACCAGUCCCUCCUAUUCUUUACCCUCUAUUGGCUUAUAUUAGUCUGUCCGCUGGUCUCUUGGCAACCGGCAUGUUCGUCGUCCAAGAAAAGAAUACAUUGCUUGCAAAACAAGUCCAGACUUCUCUUAUUGCAGCUCUUUUUCUCGGAUUUGGUACUAUUUUCACAUCGAUCUCUGUCGGUGUCUAUGUAUAA